GUUGGAGGUCUAUCCUGACUGAAGAGGAGACCCACUACACACACAAUCACAUCAUCAGCUUUUAAAUACACACACAUUCAUCAUCAUGGGAGGUAUAUGAUGACUGUAGCUGCAGGGCUAUGGCCAGCGAACCCCUCGAAGGCUUCCAUGAGGUCAACUUGGCGUCACCCACCACCCCUGACCUCCACGGAUUGACCUCCGACACCAGACCCCAAUGUCACAGCGCCCCUUCCAGCGCCCUGUACCGUACACCCUCCCUCAGCUCCAGCCCCUGCCCCCCCAACGCCCUGCGAGCCGACCAGCUGCCCACCCAGCCCAUCUACUCUGCUCCUAGGCUACUGGGCAGCACAGAACCCCACAAUGGAAGCGUUCCGGGGUUGGAACCCCCCGUCCGGUCAGAGGCGGAGUCAGCAGAGGGGGUGUUCCUGUCUGGAGAGGAAGGGGAGGAGUCUCUGGGUCUGACCAAUGACAGCCUGUCCCGCCUCCGCAGCCCCUCAGUCAUGGAGAUCAGAGAGAAAGCCAAUGAGAGACUAAAGGAGGAGCUAGCCAAGGCACAGAGG